AUGUCUCAAAGAUCCGCACGAUCCGUCACCACCACAUCAAAUGGCGGUGUCAGAGCCGCUGGCUAUGCGGCGGCAGGGCCGAUGAUGGAUAGGUAUCUUCGAAGCCCGAUGGAGCUGCCCGAGAGACUUGUCUCCAUUGGGAGCGGCACCUCAUCAACACGAACGAGUUCGAGCAGUCGCCAGCAGACACAGCGUUCCUUGACAGCAUGGGAUGCGCGAUGGACGCAGGCUGGCCAAUCGUCUUAG